CCGCCGCUCUCCCCUAAGGAGUUCCGUAUCUACAACCGUCUGGCCGAGCACAUGGAGCACUUCCAUACAAGUUUCAAAAUGGAAUACAACACCCUACUGAAAGCCACAGACCCCAAAACCAAAAAACCCCCCCUCAGCCCGAAAGCCCUUUUGACCCACUGCCAAGAAUUUAUGCAUCACUUGGACAUCCACCACAAGAUCGAAGAAACGCACAUCUUCCCGGUGCUGGCGCGGCGGAUGCCGGCGUUCCGCCGCGAGCUGGCGCUGGUGGGGCAGCACCGGGCGAUCCACGCGGGGAUGGACGCGCUGGGCGCGUACGUGGCGGAGUGCCGGGGCGGGGCGCGCGAGCUGGACCGCGCGGAGGUGCGGCGGCUGCUGGAGGGGUUCGGGGGCGUGCUGCUGGCGCACCUGGACGAGGAGGUGUUUGCGCUGCGGGCGGAGAAUAUGCGCUCUUUUUGGUCCAUCAGUGAAAUGUCUGCGUUGCCGAUAUAA